AUGGACGCCAGCAAUUACCUGUCGCUAGAUGAGGACGAGACUUCGGACGAAGUGCCGCUUGAGGAAGGCCUGUCGUUAGAGGAUAAUGAUGAUGAUCCAAACGGCGAUGGAGGGCCUCAGGAGGUGGCUGAGGAGAAAGAUGUCCCAGGCGCACCAAAACCUGCCGUACUCGACCAGCCGCCCGACGAGGAGCUUGCUGGAGGGAUGACGAUAAAGGAGGUGCACACGGCCUAUGGUGGUUCCGAUGACUGUGAAUACCCGAUCACCGACAUUGUGCAUGUCACAGCCAUCUGUCCUCAGACCGACCUGCGCACUCUAGAUCAGCUCUUAGGCGACCCUCUUGAGAGAACAUUGACUACAGAGCUGGUGUUUCAAGUUGAGAUGGCCGGCCUGUUGGCUGGAGACUUAACUGAGGACCUGGCUGAGCAACAAGCUAAAAAGCUCUUGGAGGGGUUGUCUUCGAGGCAGUCGGCGCCGCAAUUUCUCCAAGGCGAGAGUGAUAGGGAGUGGUCACACCUCGUCACGUUGUCAUCCGUCCACCACCUUGCCGGCUCCGUUCUUCGGUCGACUGAGAGAUUCAUCGACUCGAAAAUGACCCUCCGCAGCCGGAUUGCCAGCAUCUACGCGGAUAAAAGUUCACCGGGGGAUAUUCAUGCUGUCUGGGAUAGGUUCACAGCAACGCUCGGUGUGCCAUCAGAAGGACUGGUCGAGGAACAGACCGAGGGGGAAAAGCGGUUUCCGCUUCUCACGUACUAUACAGCGUACAAGGUCGAGAAUUUACUUAAACAGCCAGAGUUCCGCGACCUCGAGCCAGCUUUUGUAUCCCUCGCGGCACCUCAUCGCCAGUCACAGUUUGAUCCACUGCGAAUUCCAUGGCUGGAGUCAGGAUUAAAGCUCAACAGCAACUAUACUCAGUGGUUGAAACGCAACGAGACCCGGCCCCUAUACGUCCACGGAUCAUCUCGCCGCGCCACCCAUGACGUCUCAGACUAUAUCUCACUCGUGUGGCGGAAAGAAAUGGCAGAGAAGAACGAAGAUAGCUCAAAGGCUCUCAUCUUCAAGUUCGAUUCUGCUGACCCCCUUCGGGAUUCAUUGGCGGAUAUGGUAGCAUCGUUCAUUCUCGAGGGAGCGAACGUGUACCCGGGGGAAUGUCUUACCGGACGUAAUUCUGGGUUGAUCCUUGAGGACUGGUAUCGUGCUCAGUCCGGAUGGUCCGAGGAGUCCUGCAUUGCCAUAAUUGAAGCACUCAGGAUAUUUUGCUUCAACGACAAGGCACUUUUUGUGCUCAAUGACUUAGACCAAUGCAGUCGGGAGAGCCGCGUCGCAUUUCUGGACUACCUCAGCGACCUUUCGGAUCGAUGUGGACGUACCUUCAAAGUUGUCAUCACGACGCAAAACCCCCAAGCUCUCCAGGGGGAGAUCCACGACUGUCUAGAUCUGAGCGCCGAUAGCUACGCCCUGACCUUCGACAGUGACAACGUUUUGGAGGAAACCCAAGCUAAGCUCUUAGACCGACUUGGUGGGAGUAGUACACAUGAAAAUCGUCUUAAGGAGGUGUUCAAGAAACUCACCCCCUUGGAUAAGGGAAUUGCCACGAAGCUCCGGCUAGCCGAGGACUACAGCGAAUGGCCCGCCAACUCCUCGUUCGGAUCCUUUGACCGAUUCACCGUUUUCGUAGAGUCGAUGCAACCAGACGAGACCCCAGAAGAAACACUCGAUAAAACGUUGAGGUCAGUCCCCGAUUAUGAAGAGUUCCGCUGGGUGCUAGGCUGGGUCAUUUCCGGUUACCGCCCUUUGAGCUUGGACGAGCUCUCCGAUCUUCUACGCUGCCAUCGCGCCGAGGGGAACUGGCCAGCGUCCACCUCUUCCAGGCGGUCCUUGACGACGGGCUAUUCGCAACAACUAAAGUCGUGGCUGAGAGUGCUUGCCACGUUCGAAGAUAACAGAGUCAGGCUCCGGGACGAAAUCCGAGAUAUUGUUGGCCGCAAUUUGGAAAGGGAGAGGUUCACUUGGACCGAGGUGGCGCGGACGGCUCACCAGGCCAUCGUGGAGUUUUGCCUUGCCUACCUCGUCUCUGCCGAGGCCCGGAGCCAGCUGGAAGAUCUGUUCUCGGCGUUUGGAACGCGCAUUGGAGAUGGAGCAGAGGAAGGGUGCCAGCCAUCGACCGUUUCUAUCGCCGCAGACGGGGAGGGAAUCCUGUUUUAUAUCGUCCAGGCCUUCCCCUUCCAUCUUUCUAAGUGCUCCCCAGCCGAACGUGCCGGCGCCCUAGAGCGUCUUCUUGCAACUCCAGAGAACAACCCGUACACGCCCUGGGCUCGAGUCUACUGGGCGAUGAGCAAUCCCUUCUCACGGACAUCUAACCCACCCGAGUCUCCUCUUCCGAUUCUUGUGGGCCUGGACAUAUUGUCAUACGAGGACGUGAACGAGACCCCGCUGGAUGUACGACAACAAUGCAUUGUGGCAGCUGCGGGCAGCCGCAACAACACAAGUAUGGUUACCGAGUAUCUGCGAGAUGCCUCUUCGUCCGCGGAAAUACCGUUCCUUAUGAAUGUUCUCCUGGCGGGGGUUCGAGGAUACAACGAGCAAGUUGCUCUCGAGGUGGUCACCAGAAUAUCGUCACUGUCGGAGGGUGAUGGGACAGCAAUAAAGUGGCCAGAAUCCGCCAUAUGGGCAGCUUCAUGGCUCAACAUGGACCGGUUCGCCACCGCCAUCCUGAGCCGUGGCGCCAACCCCAACCCGCUGGGCAACUCGCCAACGCCCCCCGAAAUAACCACGGCGUAUUAUCCCGGUCCCCUGCAUUUGUCGUGCUGCCUUGGUCAUGAGGCCAUGGUGAAAGCCCUCGCCGACCAUGGUGCAGACCUCCACCAGCUCCGAGACAACCGCAUCGGCUGCCUCCAGUCAGCCGCCGACCGCGGCUUCGCCGGUGUGGCCAAGCUACUCGUCACGAGGGACCACUCCUUGCUUGAAUCAAGGCUACCGUGCAGCAGCCUGUACGACGCGGCAGAUUUCGGCAGCCACAAGGUCGUCGAAGCCCUGUUGGAACUCGGAGCGGACCCAGAGCCUGGGCAGAGUGGCAACGGAGGGCCGGAGGACGCGGACUCUGGGUGGAAUCCUCUCACCGUAGCCUGCUUCAGCUCGUACCCGAAAGUCGUGGAGGUCCUGCUGAGGCACAACGCCAACCCCAACUGCAUCGGCGCGAACGGCGCCUCGACACCCCUCUUGUUCGCCACUACCAAUGACCCAGACCUUGAUUCCGCGGACUUACAAGGCAGUACGGUGCUCAUGAGGUCUGCAAACAGCGGCCGGGUGACUUUGCUUCGGUGGCUGUUGGAUAACGGCGCCGAUAUCAACGCGCAGGACACUUACAAAGAAAGCGCUUUGCAUUAUGCCGCCAGGGCGGGGCAGGUCGAAGCGACGAGAGAGCUCCUCCAGCGAGGCGCCAGAGUCAACACAGGCGGUCCCCCGGUUCUUGUGUCCGCGAUAGACUACCCUGAGGUAUUUAAACUUCUUCUCGAUGCGGGUGCCGACCCGGAUGCCGAGAACUCCUCAGGGAGUAGUCCCAUCAACAUGGCGGUUGCUAGUCGAAAUGAGGCCGUGGUCAAAAUGCUCAUCGAGAAGAAGGCCAACAUCAACCACCCAGAUCAUGUUGGCUGGCCACCCAUAUUUGACGCCGCUAUCUACGUAGCUGAUGCAUCCUUGACCCGCCUCCUGGCCGAAAACGGCGCCGACCUUACAGGGAUGGUCAACGGCAUGGACCUAAUACACCAUGCGACCUCGGUGGAUUCAGAGAUCAUGGGGGUUCUCCUCGAGUUCAGGCGGUAUCUCAAGCUCGAUACGGUUGAUAGCGAUGGCAACACCGCGCUGCUUAGAGGCAGCCUCACCAACUCGGGCAAUUUCGAGUGCCUGAAGCGGCUCGUACUGGCAGGCGCCGACGUCAACGCCAAAGACAAAGACAACGAGACUGUGGUGCACAACGCCGUCCGCAACCGCAACGACGAACUGUUAUCUCUCCUCCUGGCACAGCCGGAGACGGACAUCAACUGCGGGGCGCUCAUCAACCAGGUCACGCCCAAAUGCAUCAACAGCACGUCGCUGAUGGCGGCGCUGUACCCUAUCGAAGCAAAUCGGGACCAGGACAGCGAGGAUAUCGACCGGCUGGUACGGGAGCUCGUGGAACGCGGGGCGGAUGUCAAGCAGCGGUCCGGGGUAGCCUAUACUAUACGGCGCUGUCGCGGCAUGCCUGGGAGAGGUGCAAACACAAUCAACUUCUUGCUGGACGAAGGCGCCGCGGCCGACGUGGAGGACCCCGUGUUCGAGCGGCUGCCGCUGCACUUCGAGGCAGCAAACGGGCUCGAAAACUUCCGCACCAUACUACUCGCCUUCCGAGGCAGCCUGCUGCACCAGGAGGCUACCGGUAAGACGUCGAUGCACAGGGCGGCGCAGUUCGGCAACGCCGACGCCGUGCGCUUCAUCCUGGCCUCCCCCGCGCGAUGGGGGAGGCCCCGCGCGAAGCGCCCGUACGUGGACCAGCGCGACGAACACGCUGGACGCCACUGUGCUGGGCGGUGCGGCAGCUCGGACUUGGCUGGGUCGAGGGCAUGCAGUCCGAGACGGCCGACCACGCCGCCGUCGUCCGCGUGCUGCUCGAAAAUGGCGCUGAUGCCGGGGUCGACUGCCGGCUCGGUAACGAGGGUGACCACCGAAGACCCUCACGGUGCUGGAACUGGCGGCGGCGGAAGCGCCGGCGACGAGGUCAUCGACACGCUCACCAAACACCUGGAGCAGCGCGGCCCCGUGGAUGUUGGCACUAGUUAUGGCCCUGUCUGCCGAUACAACUUCGCCUCCGCCGGUUGUGACAUGUGUUUCUCCAGCAUCCUCGGCUACCACUACCUUUGCACUUCAUGCCCCGGCUACGUCGUCUGCACCACCUGCCUCCCUACCAUCAGCAAGUACCACAACGGCGAGGUGUGCGAAGACGGUCUGCCGCAUGCGUUCGAGAACAAGGGCGAAACUGAAUACCAGGGCAUGCAGGUGCUGGACUACGAAGGUGACGCGGAUGGGCUGGAACUAAUCGAUAAUCCGGACAAUGAAGGGAGUGCUAAGGAGGUUAUCCUAGACGAUCUCGAAGGCGGAUCUUGA